UUUUUUUUUUCUUCUUUCUUUUCUAAUUCUUUUUUUUUUCAUUAUCAUACUUUUGAUAAUAUGACAUCUUCUAUUUUAUUGAAAAAACAAGAAGAACUGAAUUCAAGAGCUGUUCGAGACUUGCUCCGGUUACCCGAAAAUAAAAAAUGCUUUGACUGUCCAACAAAGAGUCCUUUUUUUGUAAACGUUACUUUGCAAACCUUUAUUUGUUCUCGUUGUUCUGGCUUAGUACGUGAAGUAGGACAUAGAGUGAAAUCUAUAUCAGCAAGUAAAUUCACUGGACCAGAACUUGUUGCUUUAGAACAUGGUGGAAAUGGUAUUGCUGGCAAGAUAUGGCUGAGCUGUGGUUACAAUACUGUGGAUACUCCUGAACCCGAGUCAGAUGGUGAAGUCCGUGCCUUUAUGAGACAAAAGUAUUAUGAACGAAAAUGGUUGGAUCAUGAUUUAGCUGCUUCUCACGAUCAAUUUGUAAAAGAUCGUAUUAAUGAAUUGUUUGAUGAAGAAGGUAUGCCUAAACAACAACGACGACGACGAGCUACUACUAUUGAAAAUACCAAUACUAUGAUUCCAUCUCCACAACAACAAAGAUUAAAAAAUGUACCUGGUCCAUUAGAUAUUUCUUCUGCAAAUAAAUAUCAACAACCUAGUAUUCAGACAGCACCUCUCAUCAUGAAUUCUCUUCAGCCUCAACCUAAAAUGGUGUCUCCAAAACAGCCAACUGUUGCAUCAACAACAUCAUCAUCAUCUGUACCUGUUUCUCCUGCUUCUAGUCUAUCUUCCAACCCUAUUCAUCAAAAACAGCCUCCGAUGAAUUCCAUUUUUUCGGAUUUAGCAGGUUUAUCUUUGUCUCCUUCAACAGCUCCAACGUUGUCGUCUCAAGUUUCUAAUGUGACACCUAUUACCAAUCAUAGAGCAAGUUAUACUGGUGGUGUCCUUACUCCUAGUAGAUCUCCUGCUAUAUUGACUCCAACAUCACCUUCUAGUAUAAAUCAUCAUGAUCUCGAUAAGAAUCACACUAUUCAACCCAUAGCCACAACAAGUAUGCCUCGUGCUGGAUCAGAUAUCCCUUCCAAUCACAAACGUACUACAAGUUUACAACAUAAUGAUCCUUAUUCAGCAUUACGGGAUCAUCAUCAACAACAUCAACAAAGACAACAACAAAUGAUUUCGGCUAUUAUGUCUACUAGUAAAUCAUCGGCUUUCGUCAAAAAUGAUACCAACAAAUUGAAUGACAAUGAUCCUUAUGCUGCUCUUCGUCAACUUUCUGAUCAACCUGUUCAACCAGUUUAUGAUCCAGCUUUUACUUCUUUCACAACAAUAUCAUCAUCUCCAAAACAAGAACAACAACAACAUCGUUCAUCUAUAUCUCAUCAAUCACCUAGAAUAUCACAAUCGAGUGAUGGAUCUUCAUGGCAAGGUAAUUAUUGGAAUAUAUAUAUGUGAUGAAAUACAAACUUCCUCUUUUUUUUUCAUUUACAGGGAAAUCCUAUUCAACAGUGGAUGAUGAUUGGGUAGAAGCAGAACCUUAUCAACCGAAUGUGGAAGAUGAAGAUGAAGAUGUCAUGACACAAAUCUCUUCUACUACAACACAUUCUACUACUUCUUCGACGAAAUCAAAUCCAGUGAACAAUAAUCUAUUCAAUGAUUUGGAUCCAUUGGCCAAUUAUAAACGAAACAAACUCCUUAGCAACACAUCAAGUUCUUGAACUCUCUUUAUAUAUAUAUUUCUUUUAUACCUAUCUAGCACUCUUUUUUUAUUUUAUUUUAUUUAGUAUUAAAUAUUAUUAUUGAUUUUUGAUUAUAUAUCUUUUUUUUUUGGAUUCAUU